GAGAGGAAGGAGGGGCGGGCGCCGCAGGGGAGAAGGGCGAGGUGGCGCGCGGAGCGGAGGGCCGGGAAUGCCCGCGGCGCGGGGCCCGAGCCGCCCGCUGGCCGCGUCCGGGCGAUGGCUCUCCGUCUGGUCUCCGAUUUCGACCUCCGGAAGGACGUGCUACCGUGGCUGCGGGCGCAGCGGGUGGUGUCAGCGGCCGCCGGGUCCCGAGGCGGCGGCCCAGGUGUUUUAGAAAAUAAUUAUGAGAGCUUACGUAUACUAAAUGUUGAAAGAAAUGGAAAUGUUAUUUAUACCUAUAAGGACAAUAAGGGAAAUGUCUUCUUUGGAUUAUAUGACUGCCAGACCAGACAAAAUGAGCAUCUCUAUACGUUUGAAAAAGACUUGCACGUUGUCAGCUGUUCUGUCAAUAGUGAUAGAACUUUGCUUGCUGCGAGUUUAGUUCAUUCUACUAAAGAAGGAAGAAAGAAUGAGCUUCAACCAGGAUCAAAGUGUUUAACUUUGUUGGUUGAAAUCCAUCCUGUUAACAAUGUGAAGGUUCUAAAAGCUGUGGAUAGCUAUAUUUGGGUGCAGUUUCUCUACCCCCAUGUGGAAAGUCACCCCCUUCCAGAGAACCAUCUGUUACUGGUUUCAGAAGAGAAAUAUAUCGAAAAGUUUCAUAUCCAAGUCAUCCAAGAAGAUGGAAGUAGAGUGGUAAUUAAAGACUCUGGUCAUCUCCCGAGAGAGAGAGUAGCUGAGGAUUUUGUUUGGGCUCAAUGGGAUAUGUCAGAGCAGAGAUUAUACUACAUUGACCUAAAGAAAUCAAGGAGUAUUUUUAAAUGCCUCCAGUUUUCUGCUGAUGAGAAGUUUAACUUAAUGUUUGAAGCACCCUUGGAUAUAACAUUAAGUGACUCAGGAUUUAAACUUGUAAACUUUGGAUGUGAUGAUCUUCAAGACCAAGAGAACUUAUCGAAACACCUGACCCUGUGCGUUUUUACCAACCAUACAGUUCUACUAAAUGCCUUCUUACUUCUAGGAAGUUUAUGUAUGUGUUACAGUCCGAAGUUUGACUCUUGGGAAAAAUUCACAUAUUCAGUGUUUUACUUUCAUAAAGGGCACAGCAAGACCUUCACUGCUGCUCUUGGGAGUGUUGACUCACAUGUGACAAAGGGCCUUACUUUUCUCAACCUUGAGUAUUACUUGGCUGUUUACUUACCUGGUCAUUUUUUUCAUCUACUUAACAUUCAACAUCCAGAUCUAAUCUGCCACAGUUUGUUUCUGACAGGAAACAGUGAAGUUGUUGAUAUGCUACCUCAUAGUCCUUUACAGUCACUGUCAGGGUCCCUGGUACUGGAUUGGUGUUCUGGAAAGCUCUAUAGGGCACUCCUCAACCAGUCAUAUUUAUUACAGUUCCUAUGGAACACUCGGCUAGACUGUGAGAAGAUGGCCGUGUUGCACUGUGUGCUCUCCUGUGGUGGAGACCGCCGGUUCCUGGAAGCCAAGAUUAUUCAGUGGAUUUCUGAGAAUAUCUCUGCCUGCCAUUCAUUUGACCUCAUUCAGGAAUUUAUAAUUGCUUCUUCAUAUUGGAGCAUAUGUCCAGAGACCAGUAACAUGGAUAAACUUUUGCCAUAUUCCUCAGUGCUCACUUGGAAUACAGAAAUUCCUGGAAUAACCCUUGUGACAGAAGAGAUCGCGUUGCCUUUCAUGAAGGUGCAUAGUUUUAAGGGUUACUGGGAAAAACUGAACUCCAACCUGGAAUAUGUUAAGUACUCCAAGCCACACUUGCACUAUAACAACAGCAUGGUCAGGAGAGAAUGGCACAGCCUGAUCUCAGAAGAGAAAACAGGAAGAAGAAGGUCCAUGGUGUAUGUGAAGAAUAUUCUUGAUAAUGCAACGAAGGUGAUUUCUAACCUAGAAGCAAGGAAUUUGGAGCCAAGAUUAACACCCCUCUUCCAGGAGGAGGACAACCACCAGAGACUGCUUAUGGGUCUGAUGGUGUCUGAGCUAAAAGACCAUCUUCUGAGACACCUACAGGGUGUAGAAAAGAAGAAAAUUGAACAGAUGGUUCUGGACUAUGUUUCAAAACUGCUGGAUCUCGUCUGCCAGAUAAUGGAAACCAGUUGGAGAAAACACAGUCUUCACCCCUGUGUUCCCCACUUCAGUGGGAGGGCCAGUGCAGCUGAAUUUAAAGUCUUUCACAUCAUGACCAGGAUUCUGGAAGCUACCAAGAGUUUGUUUUUACCGCUGCCUCCUGGUUUUCACACUCUGCACACGAUCCUGGGUGUCCACUGUCUCCCUUUGCACAACCUGCUGCAUUACAUUGAUAGCGGAGUGUUGCUUCUCACGGAAACAGCUGUCACAAGGCUCAUGAAAGAUCUGGACAAUACAGAGAAAAAUGAAAAACUAAAAUUCAGCAUCAUUGUGCGGCUUCCCCCGCUUAUUGGUCAGAAGAUCUGUCGACUUUGGGAUCAUCCUAUGAGCUCUAACAUUAUUUCCCGGAACCACGUGAAGAGACUGCUGCAGAACUAUAAGAAAAAGCCCCCAAGUUCCGUGAUUCACAAGUCAUCAUUCAGUGUGGAAUUUCUGCCUCUGAACUACUUCGUUGAAAUACUGACAGACAUAGAAUCCUCCAAUCAAGCCCUGUAUGCUUUUGAAGGACAUGACAAUGUGGAUGCAAAAUUUGUAGAGGAAGCAGCUCUGAAACACACCAUGAUGCUUUUAGGCUUGUAAAAGAGAGAAUGCAAUUUUACCCGCCUCCAAUAGUUUAAUCUUGCUCAUUAGCUUGACCUCUGUCAGGAAUCCUUGACCAAUAUUUAAAAUUGGUAACCAAAGUCAGAAUGCAUUGUCAAGCCGUCUGACUUUCAGUCUGGUACUUGUUGAGACAGAAUCAAACUGCUGUGCCUCAUCCCAGUUUUGGACAGCAGACAAGAGGUCAGUGACCGACAGUCCCAGGAGGCACGCAGUAUCAUCACUGAUGCUCUUCCCUAGUGGCUUACCUUCCUAAUGGCUUCCUAGGCCAAAAGCUAGUUUCUGUUGCACUCUGAAAUAAAAUAUGCUUUAAAAAAAUGUAGGGAACAGUGUGUAGAAAAACAGAAACUAGAUGUGUCGUUGAAAACAACAUAGGACAAGCAGAAAAAUUAAAUGUUACAUAAGAACUGUAUUUGGAAAGAGGAUACUUUUUAAAGAGCUGAAUUUGGACCAGGUCAAAUCUGCUAUUUCUAGAAUAGAAUAAUUUGUAACAUACGGCAGUAUGUACAUCCAGUAUUUAGAGUAGGAUUUGUUUUUAUAAUGGUUCAGAUGGAACUGUAUGUAUAUGUUAAAGUUCUUUUUUUUUUUUUUGUAUUUAUAAAAGUUUGAUUUAGUAAUAUCUUGCCAUUAAAAUAAGAAACACUGAA